AUGUCUUCCAGAUUCAGUGCCGCGCGUCCAAAGCGCGCCGGCGAGAACUACGCACGAGCGCAUCAUGCCGAGCCUAAUUCGAAGAAAGUCAAGUUCGACAUGCGGAAUCCAUCCGCGCUUGCUCCCGACGCAGAAGACGAAGACGACGAGGCUGACAAUUACCUCGAAGUCGACGCAGAAAUCAUCCGCGGGAGCGCUGCGACUAAGCGCGGAGCUGUAAACAUCGAUGGGUAUGACUCGGAUUCUGACCAGGAAGAGCUUGGCACUUUACACGCGUCGAAAUCCAAGCCAAAGAAAGAUGACGAGGAUAUGGAUGACAUGUUUGCGGCUGAAGAGGAUGAUACCGAAAAGAUCGAAGGCCAGGAAGCAGAAUCAAAAUCUGGUGGACACGUGCGCCUAGAUGGGGAAUCAUCUGAUGAUGAUGACGAAGAGGCAAUAGAGCUCGCGAUACAAGAAGAAGGCCUCGAUGAGGAAAUCGGUGCCGGCGGGCUCAAGAAACAUGCCCCCAAAGUCGAGGCUUUCAACUUGAAAGCCGAGAACGAGGAAGGUCGAUUCGACGAGGCCGGGAAUUUCGUGCGCAAGGCUGUAGAUCCCGACGCUGUACAUGACCGCUGGCUAGAAGGCGUCAGCAAGAAGGACAUGAAGAAAGCCGCCGAAGCCCACGAAAAGCGCGAGGCGGGAGCAGCGACAAAAGCGCAAGGAAGAAGACGCCGCAUUAACAUCAGAUCUUCUCAAACAAAAACCAAGAAAGUCCCCAAGUGGAAGCAGAAGAAACAGAAGCCGGAUGCCAUGGAGGUGGACGCCGAAAAGGCACCGGAAGACCCCGAGCAGACCCGUAUCAAAGAAGCCAUCAACACGAUCACCGAAGCAUCAGAUAGGUUACUCGGGAGAGACCGACCGGAUAUCUACGACAGGGAGCGAGAGCGCUUAAUCCGCGAAUACACGCGCGAAGCAGACGAGCCCUGGGUCGAGCCGCAAAAAGAGUCCAAAGCAGCGCCUAUAACCAGGAUGUGGGAGUUCCGCUGGAUCGACGGCAGAGACAACGCCGAUAAACAGGGCCCCUUCGACGGGCCCACGAUGAAAGCCUGGCAGGACGCAGGUUAUUUCGGAGAAGGCGUUGAGUUCAGGGAGGCCGGCGAGGAAGGUUGGACUCGCCUAGCUGACUUUGUAUGA